GAGCUCCAAAAGGCCUUCAGCGCGCUGCAGGCGACGCCGUCCGACUUUGCCCUGCUGGUGACGAUCCAGCGCGAGUCCCUGGUGCCCGUCGAGACGCUUGCCGGCAAGUCGUCCGACUUUGGCGAGAACCUGUCGGUGCUGGAGCCGUUUGUCAAGCCCGACGCGGCCCUGUACGCCAUCCUGCGCCGCUACGAGGACUCGCCCAAGUUCGUGGCCGUGACGUACGUGCCCGACGCGGCCAAUGUGCGCCAGAAGAUGCUGUUCGCGUCGACGCGGCUGACGCUGGUGCGGGAGCUGGGCACGGAGCACUUCCGCGAGACGCCCUUUAUGACCAUGGCCCGCGAGCUGACGGCGGACGGGUUCAAGGCCCACGACGCGCACAACGCGCUGGAGGCGCCGCUGACGGAGGAGGAGAAGUCGCUGGGCGAGGUCAAGAGGGCGGAGCAGGAGGCCGGGUCGGGCACGGCCAUUCGCGAGAUCCAUCUCAGCCAGAGCCUGAAGAUGCCGGUCAACGAGGAUGCCAUUGCGGCGAUGAAGGAGGUUGCCGAGGGAACAAAGGCCGCGGCGACGCUGAAAAUCAACGCUGCUACCGAGAGGGUAGAGCUGGCACCUGAGUCCCCCGACCCCAGCUCCCUCACCGAGCUCAUCAAGGGCAUCUCGACGGUCGAGCCACGAUUCACCUUUUACCGCUUCACGCACACGCACAACGGCACCGAGCAGACGCCGAUCCUCUUCUUCUACACUUGCCCCGCGACGGCCGGAAACAAGGCCAUCAAGAACAGGAUGCUGUAUCCGCUGAUGAAGAAGGCCGUCCUCACGAUUGCCGAGCAAGAGGCCGGCAUCAGCCCGGAGAAGAAGUUUGAGGUGGAGGACCCCAGCGAGAUUACCGAGCAGGACGUGCUCAACGAUCUCCAUCCCAAGCCGGUGACGUCUUCGGGCUUCAGCAGGCCCAAGCGCCCGGGCAGGUAG